AUGCCUACCCAGAGGCUCGAUGCUAAUCGGCAGUGCGUCACUAGCAACAUCUUCCAUGUGGUUUGUGCAUAUUGGCCUGCUGCAACCUGGCAGGCCCACAAGCGCCGGCUCGAUGCCGAGGUCAACUGCACUGGGACCAAGCUGCUUCUUCGACCACGAGUGCACCACAGCUCCGUGCAGAGGCCCUCGGCCCUCGCCACGCUCCUUGAUCCCCUGAAAUCCCAGGUCCCGUCGCCUUGCCAGGCGCCUAGAGGUCUUGCAAACAGCUCGUGGCUGUUUCUCAGCCACCUGGGCCUCAGCAUGGUCCAGCUGGAUUGCACAAAAGACGCCGCGCUUGUGGCCAAGCAGCUCGAGAGUGAGCACGCCGGUGAUCUCGAAUUUGUCGAGCUUGACCAGCGGAACCUGUUUAAGAUGGAGAGCUCGCAGAUUCAAGACCCGCACUGGUCAAGGCAAUGGGGCUUCCGCCGGAGCGGUUUCGAAUCCGCCUGGGGCCGCCUCGAGUCGCUGCAAGUCGACCCAGUGCCGGUCAUCGUUGCCGUGCUAGAUACGGGGAUCCAGCUCAAUCACGAGGACCUACAGGGUCGCCUGUGGCAGAACGAGGGCGAGAUUCCAAACAACGGCAUCGACGACGAUGGCAACGGUCUCGUGGACGACGUGCAUGGCUACGACUUCGCCGAUGAGGACGGCGACCCGUCAGAUGACGAUGGCCAUGGAACGCACUGCGCAGGCGUCAUUGCUGCCGUCCGGAAUGCUGUCGGCGUGGUGGGCGCUGCCGGUGGCAAUCCUGCCAUACGCAUCAUGGCCCUGCGGUUCCUGAGCCGUGAUGGGGGCCGGACGAGCGAUGCUGUCCUGGCGCUGAAUUACGCGAUUUCCAUGGGCGCCACCAUCUCCUCCAACAGCUGGGGUGGCAACUCCCACAGCCUUGCGCUACAGGCGGCGGUUCAGAGUGCGAAGGAAUCGGGUCACCUAUUUGUGGCUGCGGCGGGGAAUUUGGGGAGAAGUAACGACCUUAUCCCGACCUACCCCUGCAACUACGAACCUGCCCUCUGUGUGGCUGCGACGACACCCACGGACCAACUGGCCGAUUACAGCAACUAUGGAGUGGGCUCGGUGCAGAUCGCGGCCCCAGGCACCGAUAUUUUCAGCACGCACCUCGGAUCUGCAAGCUACAUGUCCCUCAGCGGCACCUCCAUGGCUACGCCCCUUGUUGCUGGAGCCACCGCCCUGGUCUGGAGUUGGAUGGGCCAAAGUUUCGUCAACGACCUGGACGAUCUGGAGUCCAUCGUCCUUGAGUCUGCAGAGCCUCGGCAUGCACUUUGCCGGUUGCUCCCCUUCUCUGAGCGGGUGCCAUGGCUGGACGGCUUUGUGUCCUCAGGGCUCCUGGACGUGGGGGCCAUGGUCUCCAAAGCCGAGUCAAGGAAUUGGAUCCGGCUGCAGGACCCUGCAGACGGCUGGAGAGAUCCGACAGGGACAUCAGCUCGGGUCCAUAUACCUGCCAACAGCGCCGUGCCCUUGGGGGUGGAGAUUGGCCAUGAGUUCCUGGGAGUUGGAGUCUACCAGGCCGAGAUCAAAAUCGACUGGGGGGAGGGCAAGAAGGGCUGCGAUGAGACGGUGCCGGUGCAGUAUGAGAUACUUGGGACGCCGUACCUGCCUGCAACCAUCUUUGCCGGCACGCUUCACUUCGGGACUGUCCCUGUCGGAGGAGAGGGCCGACGCACAGUGAGGAUUUGGAACUUUGGCAACGGUACCGCCCGAGCACAAGUCCUGCCCCUCACGGUGCCUUUCGCUGGGCCCAGUGUCGAGGUGUCUGUUGAGCCUCACCAGUCGGCAGACGUCGUCAUCUCUUGCCGCCCUCGAAGCACGGGUUCCUACACCGGCACAGUGGAGUUCAAAACGAACUCCGGUCUUUCUGCGUUCGAUGCUGUGGCGGUGGAUGCACUUGAGCGUGGGCAAGGCUUUACCAUGCCGCUCGACUGCGAAGGAAGCGAGGCUCCGCACAUGGAGCUCGAUGCCUUCAGUGGGGUUGUGCUACUACGACCGGGCGAGCUUCCAUUCCAUGUCUCGCCCAGCGUGCCUGCGGAGUGGGAGUCCGACAUCCUGGACCCAGAGGCUCCGGAGUGCAACAUCACUGCAGUCUUGGCGGCAGCUUCUGCUGCAAACGAGCAAGGAUGCCACCCUCAUGAUUCCUCCGUGGCGGGCAAGGUUGUGGUCGUUGCUCGCGGGGGCUGCACUUUUCAGCAGAAGGCUGAGAUGAUCCAGGAAGCGGGGGGAGUCGGAGCUCUCUUCUACGACACGUUCUCGACGACCACACUGCGGAUGAUGGCCACAGCGGACGCCACAGCUGCACCGGCAUUGCCAGCCUUUAUGGUGUCUCGCACACAAGGCUUGUCCUUGCGAGAUCGUGCGCGGUCCGGCGAGGAGAUGUUGGUAGCACUCAUCCGGCGUCCGGUGGUGCUCCACACGCAUCUGCCUGAAAUCGGUUCCCCAAGGGCGUCUGGCAGCGUAGGGAUCCAGAACGUCGGGGGUGGCCCUCUGCAUUGGAGAGUGGAGGUCAACAUGCUGAAUUUCGAUGAGCAUGGCUUCUAUUCCGCGGUGUACACCGGCGCCACCAACAAUAGCGGAGGCGCCGGCCUUGCGCCCCUGCCACCCGCGCCGGCCUUCGCAUGGACGUCCAAUGCAGUGCUUCAAGAAGUGCCGAGCUUCCAGGGAAAGGACAUGGAUGACAACGCCGCAGCCAUGACCCUGCCGUUGAAGAUGUCUUUCUACGGUGACCUGGCACAGGAUGUGCAGCUGUCAUCCAACGGCCUGAUCGCAAUCUCCCCAGACUCGACGACUUAUGAGCCGGGCAGGGACUACUGGGGCUACCUCCCCUCCGUCAGCAAGCCCAAUGGAAUUGUUGCAGCCUACUGGGACGACCUCUGGUGCCGGCCAGCCCGCGGCUGUCGGCUGCUCACCGGCCAGCACUUGGCGCAUGCGCCCAUCGUCUCGCGGCACUGCGGCACGGGAAACGCCUCCAUCAUCCAGUUUUCGCAGUUUGAGCACCGCUACGACGCCAGUAUUGUGGCCUCUGUGGAGGUGAAACUCUAUGAAGACGGUUGCAUCGAGCUGCAGUACCAACAUUGGCCCUCGCGCAGUAAGCGCUUGAAUGCGAAGAUGGGCGUCGAGUCCAGGAACGGGGCCAGCGGCGUGAAUCACGUUGCGACGCUCCCAUUCGACUUCGGGCUUCCCUUCGGCGUGAUGUUGGUUCCCUUCCUUGCCUCGGACUCAACGACGAGUGGUGAAGUGGCGAGUGGAAGCGCAUCCAGGUACGACUUCCACAUGGAAGGCCACCGGACACAGCAAGGUUGGCUCACCUUCCGGGCGUGGGACGGGACCCACCACUGGCAGUCCGAUCGUGUGGUGCGGGUAGUCCAGCGCGUCUUCAGCUAUGCGUGGCAUGAGGGCGCAUGGGGUCCUUGCCGUCGACCCACUUGCAGCGCCUCCUCCACGGGUAGCCAGGAGCGCCACGUGGAGUGCAGGGGCUCAGACGGCAAGACCUAUCAUGAUGACAACUGCGCCGGCCCCCCGAGAUGCAGCGACCAUCCGUCGGGUUGGAUUGACACUUGGGGUGACACGUGCGCCGUCUACGCGAACAACCUGUACUGCACGCCCACAGGUCAGCCUGGUCCUGGCUGGCAAUGGUUUUGGGGGAACUUUGGGGACUACAGGAAUCAUGGCCACACUGCGGACACGGCCUGUUGCGCCUGCGGCGGUGGCGUGCUUGCUGUCGCAACACCAGAGACGUCCAUGACCUGCUCGAAUCCCACGGAGGGUCCUGAUGAAGAUGGCGACGGAGUGGACGACUGUGCUCCUUCACCCACCGUCGCGCCACCCGUGCCACCAACUGAGACUUCCACCGCAACCACAUCCCAAACCACCACUCCAUCCACGACCACGAAUCGCCCCACCUCCGAGACAUCUACAUCCAUGGAGACCUCACAGACACCAACAGAAACUUCCACGCUUUCGACAGAGCGAACCACGACGUCACCUAAGGUCGAUGUUAGCCCUCCGGAAACACAGACACAAACAGAAACCUCCACUUCUUUCAUUCCUGACGUGCCCGAGACAGCAACCACAACUGCUACACAGACUGGAACCUCAAUGGCGAUGGCCUCAACGAGCCGAAGCACAAGUGCCUCCUCCUCCCAGCUUUCCUCCUCUACGCUCUUGUCGUCUACUUCCACGUCGCCUUCCACCACCGCAAGCACUUCUUCCAGCCACGCUUGGGCAGCUUCAGGAACAUUCACAACAACCGCUGCGACCACAGCAGCCUCCACCACCGAGACGGCAAGCACAGCCAGCAGCACAUCUUCGAGGACGGCUACCACGACUGCAUCGGCAACGACGACAAGGUCCACACUUACAGCAACUACUACGCGCACCAGCAGCAGCAUAAGCAGCUCAGUCACCAGCUUGUCAAGUAGCAGCACGAAGACGUUGACUUCAACAGAAACUCAGUCGACCACAGCCACUGCCACUGUCUCAAGCACAUCGGUGUCCAUCUCCUCCACAACAUCUAGGACACAUUCAACUUCCGUGACAUCCUCACGGACCAGCUCAUCGGUGUCCAGCACAACUGUGUCCGGCACGUCGACCGGUACAGAGACUGGCACUUCAACAUCCACCAGCACAGUGUCAGACACAUCUACGCUCACGAGGUCUCAGACGUCGAGUAGCAGCCACACAAGCAGCACAAGCAGCACAAGCAGCACAUCCAGCAGCAGUGCGACGUCAACGCAUUCCUCGACAACUUCCCUCAGCACAAGCUGGACGGCCACAAGCUCAUCUUCAACAUCAUCGAGCACCACCGGGUCGACAACAACUUCGGGGUCCACUUCCAGCUCGCCUACUUCAACGGCCACCAUCACAAGUACAACGGCAAGCUUCACAACCACCCGCACUACAAUCACUGCAACGACUACCUCCAGCAGCAGCUCCUCAAGCAGCAGCAUCUCGAGCAGUAGUUCCUCCAGCAGCAGCUCCUCCAGCAGCAGCUCUUCCAGCAGCAGCAUCUCAAGCACUUCUCCCACGACAUCGACAACACUCAGCGGGACGACGACAACUUGGUCUUCAAGCAGCAGUACCACCACAGAGAGCAGUUCCUUGACGUCCACCACCCACAGCUCCACCAGCACGAUCACCAGCUCAAGCACCUCAGAGUCCAGUACCUCCAGCAGCUCUUCCUCCACUUCGAGCUCGAGCGUCAGCACCAGCUCCACUUCGUCGAGCACACAGAGCACAACCCGUACGGCGACGGCCACAAAAACGACAACAGGCACUGGCAGCACUUCGACCACCACGGAAAGUACAAGCACUAGUAGCAGCUCCAGCACCACUAGCACUGUGACAUCAACCCGCACUAGCACGACAACUUCCAGCACUACCUCCACUUCCACAUCUUCCAGCAUAUCAUCCAGCUCUUCCUCCAGCUCCACGUCUUCUACGUCGAAGACAUCCACUACAACAGUCAGCCAAACACAGACGCCCACCACCUCGCGUACAGAGUCCACCUCCAGCUCCACAUCUACAACAUCUUCCACAACGUCGCAGACAUCCACGACAACCUCGAGUUCUCCUACGACAACAACCACCCAUACCACACAAACGACGAGCUCUUCCACAUACACUUCAACGAGCAGGACAUCCAGCACCACUUCCAGCACGAACACUUUCACCACGAGCACCACUUCCAGCUCUUUCACGACUUCCCAGACCACUACGGUAAGCAGCACAAAGACGGCAACUGCCAGCUCUACCACAUCUGUCUCCACCACCAGCACUUCCCGGACUUCCACAUCCGUGACGUCCACCACCUCCACAUCUUACACAUCCACGAGUACUAUCAGCACCACAACCACAACAACCACACGAAGCAGCACCUCGGAAACUUCAACAGUGACGUCUACGACAACUUCAACGCACACCAGCACAGCCACAACAAAAACGACGACGACGUCGGAAACCCGCACAGUGACCUCCACAACUUCCUCUACUACAUCCAGAACCUACACUACGCACACCAGCUCUAGCAGCACGAUAAGUUCCGUCACGACGACAUCGCGCACUGCCACCACCACAUCGAAGACACAAACAUCCUCCACGGUCAGCUUCACAUCCACCACCGCAAGCAGCACAAGGACCUCAACGUCGGCCACGGCAACUUCGACCACCGCGUCCAGCACCAGCUGGACUUCCUCCACACGGACGCUAACAUCAACGACGGUGACAACACAGACCAUUACCAGGAACGCGCCCCCGGUGAUGGUGAUGAGCGAGCCGGAGCCUGUGCAAACGAUCGAGACUACCCUAUUGGUUGUUGGGGCGAACAGCACCUCGCCGAGCUUCGAGUCCUCACUUGUGUCCUCCAUCUCCUCCCUCCUGGGUGUGGACCCUCGACGUGUCAGCAUCACAGGCUCGACCAUGACCUGGGCAGCCCUCGUGGAGAAUGGUGUCCCUGACAAUGGAGGUGGUCGGCGCCUGCCAGCGCGGGACCUCUCCAUCCUGGAGCAAGCCCUGGAGGUGGACUUCCAGGUUGCCAUGCCCGCCGCGACCUCCGAAGUUUCAGCUGCUUCUUCACAGGUGCAAGAGAUGGUGGCCGCGCUGUCUGACAUGAAGGCCAAUCCCAGCGAGCUCCUCCUGGAGCUCGCUGCUAUCCUGCCGAUCGACAACCUGCGCGUUCGCCUCACCACGCCCUUGGUGAGGCAGAAGCAGGCGGUGUUCGUGGCGGAGGAUUGGGGUGCCUGUGCCCGGGGCAUCGCCUGUGUGACCUCGCCCUUCGCUUCGCGCUACCGUCAGGUUUGGUGUGCUGACUCGGACAACGUCUCAAUUGCCUUGCUUUCCGAGCUUUGCUCGGGACCUAUGCCAAGGACGCAGGAGCCUUGCCCAGCUCAGCUCGUGCCACCGGCCUGCGGGUGGAUUGUUGGCAGCUGGUCUCCUUGCCUCUCCGUGCCGCCAUCUGGCCCGGUGACGGCCAAUAUGACUGAGAUGUGCAAUGCUACCGGGAUGGGCAAGCAGUACAGGGCCGUGACGUGCUUGGCUUCGGGCAGUGUGCCCGAAACCGACGAAUGUGAGCUGCCAAGACCCACCACGGAUCGUUCCUGCCGUUGCAUCUCGAGCCAGGUGUCCUUAUUCACACAGCUGGACAAGGGCAAUGGGGAGUCCAGUGUGGAGGUGGCCAGCGCGAGUGUAAUGUUGGUUUCCGUGCUGGGAACCUGCAUCCUGUGCACCUGCAUCUCCUUCGGCUGCUUCGCAUUGACCACUCGGAGGCCCUCAAAAGUGACCAAAGCCCUGAAAGCUGAUGCCCUGACGUUCGACAACCACUUGACCGGCAAGGAGAAGCAGUACAAGCAGCGGGUCGCGCCUGCAACCGACGUGCAUCAGGACGUCACCGUUUGCAUUGCCAACGCCCGGCAGAAUGCCCGCAACCUGGAAGAUGAUCCAGACACGACGUCUACGGCCAGUGUCGCAGAGUCCCCGCUUCCUUCGCCCACUUCUCCCAGCUCCAGGACGUCCCAGAUGGCGCCGCUGGCAUCCCCAUGUUCGGUGGCAUCCGUGGCUUCUCAUCCGGCGCGGAUUUCCCCUCUGCCGUCGCCUUCCACCCUGUCCCUGUCCUCCAUCAGCGCCGUGCUUCAAUCGCCGGCGCACGCAAAUGGCAAUGGCACGCCAGGCCUCCAGCAGACGGGCGAAACCGUGUUCCUGCCACUGAGCUCUCCCAGCAACGGGGCUGGCAGCCCUACUCGGUCACCAAAGCGCCGCCCUACACUGCCCGCCGUUUCUGAGACAGAGGCGCACACGAUGCACACAAGUCCAGGGCCCGCGGUGGACCAUCCGCACGCCCUCGUCGAGGAGUCCAAUGCCGCGCCAUCGCGGCCACGGAGGAAGAAGAACGCCCCACGCCCGCCCACACUGCAGAUGGACCUUUGCGGUCCAGAAGAGGAGCAGGUUGCGGUGCCUUUUGCGUCGCCUUCCAAACGCUCGCCACAGAAAGCUCGAGACGCUCCAGCCGACCGCGGCGACUUCUCACCAGCCUGGUUGCAGCCCCGGGCGGAGCUGAGCUUUCACCAGGCCAGCGGCACCCCGGCGCAGUCCGUGAAAAGUGACCUGGGCUCCGAGAGCCAGGAGCCCGGGGCCAGUUCCGCCGCCUCCGCUGUUUCCACCGGGGACGAGCUGGUCUUAAAUUUCCGCCGGACAAGCCGAAUCCGCUUCUCCUCCCGAGCGCGCCCAUCCUUCCGCCGCCGCCGCCACCUCCCAGGCCUGGCAAAAAGUGAAGUGUACCUCGGCACCGGCACCGACCAUGCAACGUGCUUCCUGGACAGCGCUUUCCCAUCUCCGAAGGAGAUACAGCUGUCAAAUGUUGCAGCGGGCACUUCUUUGGAGGUCGGGCCGGCUCCCGAUCUUCCCGAUGUGGCGAUCGAAGUGGCCAAAGCGAAGAAUCCAGUUGCAGAGUGGCUUGACCUGCCAGAGAUGGGAUACCAACAGUCCCCAUCCGACGGCGCCAUACAGCCCGUGGCUGGGCUAGUGAUGGCAAUUUUCUUUUCGAGGUCCAACUACCCCACCGCUGGCCUGGACGAGAACUACUGCCGCAACCCAGGCGGCGACAGGGAAACGAUCUGGUGCUACACCACCUCGGCCGACACUGAAUGGGAGUACUGCAAUACACUGCCACUGUGGAUCCACCUCAGCGGACCCUGCACUAUGGAAGGCGCAUGCAUCCGCAGUCCCAACUAUCCCUCCAACUAUGAGAACAACCAGAAUUGCGAGUUCGAAGUUGGACUCCGGGGCCACGGCGGGGUGCUUGAUGUCAUUCGCUUCGCCACUGAGGCGGAGUAUGACUACUUCCUCAUGGAUGAGCGUCGGUGGAGCGGGUCACAAGGUCCGGCGGGAGAGCAGGUUGAGGUCGGUUGGAACGUGGAGUGGGUCUCAGAUCGCUCCUACACGAUGUCCGGCUGGGAGAUUUGCCUCCGGCUUCCAGAACAAGCCACAAGUACCACGAUUUCAUCAUCGAGCACAACCAGGACGUUGUCGACUUCAACGACCGCCUCGUCAUCGGUCACGACCAGGACUCGAACCUCUACCACAACCACGGUGAUCUUCCGGCUGCUGGAGGGGGACCUGGUCUUGGCUGUCGGGGAUGCCGCAACUGCCGCAGCUGCCGCCGAGGACCUCGCCACUGCCCCUGGACGGGCGGCACUCGUGGCAGCUUUGGCUGUGACCUUGGGAGUGGCAGAGGAGUACAUAAACCUCUACAGCGUCUCCGUGGGCUCAGCAGGGCGCCGGCUCUCAGGUGCAGUCGCGGGCGCAGUCACGAUCGGCUACGACCUACUGGUUUCCACCACCUCUGGCAUCGAUCACGAGUCGAUCUCCCAGAGCUCUGGCCUCCUCGCAAGCAAUGUCAACCAGGAGCUCUCCAAUCGCGGAGUUGCAGUGGUCGUCACGAGCAUCCAGAAUGUGAAGAUGACAACGACAACAAUAACCACCACGAAGACGACCUUCACGAUCACCACUUCGCGGACGACCAAGACAACAACGGCCUCCACCACGUCACAAACAAGCACCACCACCAAUACUCCCGUCGACUGCGUGCUUGCGGAUUGGUCUGCCUGGGGGAAAUGUGACCGCCCCUGCAACGGCGGAAACCGAACACGGGAGCGCCUGGAGGCUGUGGCUGGGCAAUUCGGGGGCCUGGCAUGUUCCGGGGAGACCCUCCAGAUGUCAGAUUGCAACACAAACCCUUGCUCAGACUGUCUGGCGGGCUACUACUUGGUCUUUGUGUCUGAGAGCGAAACCAACUGCACACCCUGCGAGCGCGGCCGAUAUAAUCCUGACCCGGGAGCUCUUGGACCUGAGGCUUGCACUCCCUGCCCGAUGGGGGAGCAGAGCCAGGAAGGUGCCAGCUUCUGUGAGCCCUGCGCUGAAGGCUCAGCAGCCUCCCCCAUUCUGAGUCAGAGCGCGUCAAGCAGCCUGAGCCAGCUUUCUGGAAGUUUCGUGGCCGGGCAAGACGAAGUGCAGCUUUCCUGCGGCGGGGGCACGUGCUCUGGCAUCCUCUCCUUCAAAGCAGCCUGCACCACACAGAGGCUGGCGCAGUUCUCAGCUGAAACACGAUCGCUGGCUGGUCAGCCCACCCUGCUUGAGCUUACUGUUGGUGGCGGUGCCCCAAUUGCCUGGAGCACAGCGGGCAGCACCACCUGGCAAGAGACGGGGGUGUCAGCCUCCGUGUUGCUGCCAGCGGAGGAGCAAAUGAUUAUUCGGGUAUGGGCAUCGCAGGACGGCUUGGCCAUCCGGUCCCUAACAAUGCACUACUCAAGUGUGGGGAACGAAUGCGGCUUCUUCACAGCGGUCCAAACUUGGACCUGCGCUCUCUGCUCCCCUGGGAGCUAUGCCAACACCACUGGGACGACGGCAUGCCGACGAUGCGAAGCUGGCAGUUACGCGGAUGCCUCUGGGACCUCUGCAUGUCAACGCUGCAAGCCUGGUACCUUCAGCAACACCUCCGGAGCCACGGAUCUGGCCGCCUGCGAACCCUGCCGACCGGGCACCUACGGCAAUGCGAGUGGCGCCAGUGCAUGCGAGGCCUGUGUGGCGGGAAGGUAUCACACGCAAACAUCUGCCACGAGCAGUGACGUUUGCUUGGCAUGCCUUCCUGGAGAGAGCAGCACACCUGGGUCGAGCAGCUGUCAAAGCUGUGCCAGAGGACGCUUUUCCACGCUCGCCGGGGAUGUUUGCAGCCUUUGUGACCCUGGAUUUUUUGCAGAGGCGCCCGGGGCCACGGUCUGUCUUCCCUGUGCGCGGGGGCGAUGGGCCGGGAGCGGAGCCAUAGUUUGCCAAGACUGCGAGGCUGGGAGGUUCUCGCCGCUGCUGGGCACCACGCCGGACAACUGCACCUUGUGCCCGGCUGGCACGUUUGGCACAUCCCCGGGCGCCGACUCGGCGGAAUCUUGUGAGGGCUGCGCGCCUGGCAAUUUCAGCAGUGAAGGCUCCACUGCCUGCGAAACAUGUCCUCUGGGAACAAUCAGCACCGGAAAUGCUUCACAGUGUGACGUUUGCGUGGCUGGCCGCGUGGCGGAAAUCGCAGGGCUGGCGGUCUGCACCCCCUGCGCGGCCGGGCGUUAUGGGCUGCCCGGCCGAAUUCAGGGAGACGUGGGGCUGAAAAAGGAUGAAAAAGGAGCUGGGAGCUACUGGCAGCGAGUCCUGCCUUGCCUGCCCAGCAGGCAGAGCUUCGCCGUCCUUCGGAGCUGGUUCGCCGUUGCGCUGCGCUCCCUGUUUGCCCCUUUGCUGUCAGCGCUUGGACAGUUGGCUGUUGACCACAUGCCGGGUCAGGCGGCCACAGAGGGCCAAGCCACCUGCAGCACCUGCCAAGCGGGCCGAUACAGUGUUCAAACAGACUGCCUGGCAUGCCCCUUGGGGCGCUAUGUGCGCUAUGCGGGGCAGACAGAGUGUCUCCAGUGUGACAAGGGUACCUUCAACGACGAUGCAAGCGCUCCAUCGACAAGCUGCAAGAGCUGCGCGGCCGGAAAGUUUCUGAACCAAGAGGGCGGCACUGCUGCCGCAGAUUGCCAGGACUGCCCUGCGGGAACCUUUGGCUCCACUCCCGGGCAGUCAUUGUGCGAGGUAUGUGCGCCUGGCUCGGUGUCCCGAGCAGAUGGCCGCAGCCAGUGCGAGGAAUGUCCUGCGCUGUCCAACACGCCUCCUGGAGCAUUGGCCUGUUGCCCCAGUUCGGAACCCUGGCUUUGGACAUCAGGAUCACUCUCCCUGGCGCCCGGGAAGAGCAAAGAUGAAGUGUAUCACCUCCCGGAGCUGGCUUCCUGCAGUCUUGCGACGGGGGAGCCGACCCUGAUACCUGCAAGUGGCAAAAACAUUUCCUGGGGCGCUGUCAGCGUCGCCACCCUGGGGCAGAGCGGAAUCCACAGCUGCUUGGACAUUGCCUGCCGUGGCCAAGACCAGGCACACUGCAGCCUCCUCGUUGUGACUGGCGGCAAGCCGAACUUCGGCACCGGCGACUCGCUCACAGUGGAGGCCGAGGUUACCACCUACUACGGCCGGAAGGUUUGCGCAGACCGAGCAGAGGUGACAUUCGAAGGCUUUGGCUGUGCGCCAAACACGCUGCCCUACUUCCUGUUGGCCCUCAGCGUCGUGGUGAGCGCAACCGUGAUUCUUGGGCUCAUUACAGAACUCGUCGGCCACUGCAGAGUCCAGGUGCUGGUGGAGUGCAGCUUCUCCAUGCAACUGCCAGCGAUGUGGGCAGCCCCGCUCUGUCGCCGAGGAGGUCCCAGCCCAGCAGCUGCGCCCGACGCUCCGGAUCUUCCUUGCCUUCCAAGCCAGUCCUCCUCGAGCCUGCGCAGCUCCAAGCGGUCAAGGGUCCUGGGUGCACCGGAGGAUGCUGCUGAGGUUGGCGAAGCAGAGGAAGCACGGCUACCUUCCAUGUCGGACAAGGCUGCCAGCCCCGGGAAGGUGCCGAGCACGGUGGAACAUGGAGAGGAGGGCGAUGGCAUGGAGAUUGUCCUCGAUGAAGCGGAGCCGGUCAUUUCCGACACGCCCGAGCCGGAGAAGCUUCCUGCGGAGAUCGAGCACAGUGCUUCUGGCGUCAGCGUGAAGGAGUGCGAAGUCACGCUAGGUUCGACGGCAGAGUGCCGCGACGGGGCAAUGCCUGAGGAGGAGGAUCACGACAGCCAGAGCCAGUCAUCCAUCAAGUGGCCCACGUUCUCGGCCCUGCGCCAAAACGUCGUGGAGCAGCUCGAGAUCGAGCCUUCUCGCCUACGGCAUUUUGCUGCCUGGACGCAGCAUGACGGCCAAGCGCCCUCGCUGCAAGUCGAGUACGCAGUUCAGAUCCCCAAGGUGGAGGUCGUUGAUUGGCGUCAGCGCAUGGCGUCCUGCCACUGGCACAUGGCCGCCGGAGGGCCCUGGGGGCAGGCCACCGUGCAGCAACAGCCGCCAGCCUUGAUCAAGGCAAAAGGAAGAGCGCCGGGCAUGGAUCUCUUGGAUAUGGUGGAGCGCUGCAGUAACGCCUUGCUAGGCCGGCGUUUCUCCGAGGAAGCCGAAGAGGCCGAGCUCCGCGCCCUUCACCUGGAGGUGGCCCGGAACCUGCUUCGGAAGAUGACAAACCGCACAGCGCGUGUUUUGCUGGGACUGCAAUACCUCUGCAACCUCGUGGCUGCCGCCUACCUGCCAUUCGUGGGCUACCAGCUGAUGACGAGCUGCGAUCAAGGCUUCCCGGGCUUCAUCCACGGCGCUUGGUUGGGGUAUAUGUGUCUUACGAACCUCAUGUCCCUGUCCUUGCUUCGCUUGCUCGGCGGCAAGCGUGCCGGGUCCUUUUGCUACCUGUUCCGCUGGCGGCUGCUCUUCAGGGCGCUUUGCUCCUUCAUCUUGCUCACAGAUACGUACCAGGACGCUACGUUCCCGGUCAUUGCGAACAAAUGCAACUUCGAGCUUUGGUUUGUCUCGGCCUGGCUGGUGGGUCUUGGCGUUGGCCUGAUGCAGGUUGUUGUGCAGCUUCUCGUCCUGCUGGCCAUGGCGGUGAAGUACAAUUGGGCGACCACACCAGAGGAACGAGACCGGCUUCUAGUACAGGGAGCGUUUACCGCUCUUCGUGGCUCCGACAACCUCGUCCUGGUCUACGCCGUGCGACCGGCGGUCGAGGAACGCCUGGGUGGUGCGAGCUCGUGGGCUAUGAAGCUGUCCGAAGCACGCAUCGCAUUCCUGCGGUUCAUCUUCGAAGAUGUUGAGCAGAGCGCGCUGCAAGCUGUGUUCCUGAUCUUCUACGACGAGGCAGCCUUUGCAGACAAGCUCUGGGUGACGACAUCCAUCGCCACAUCGCUCCUGCUCUCCUUCACGAUUGUGGUGCAAUGCAUGCCGGAGGUGAGGGACUGGCUGUGGUACAGGGUCUUCGCCGCCUUUCCGCUCUGCCGGUGGAUACCGCUGCUGCGCGUCCCAUGGUUUGUGCUCACGGUGCUCCUUUACCGCUGCCUGUCGACAUUUCCCUGGAUAUCUGCAUGCUCACCAUCCGGUGAUCCCUGUCGAGAUGAUCGCCAGUGGUGGGAGUUCUACUGGGGUUGCGACUCCGAUGGCCUGUCGACUCUUCUUGGCCUGGAAGCACGCGAGAAAGUCGUUGAAGACACCAUCACCAACUCCGCAAUAGGUGUGGUGAUCAUCCUAUCGACCAUUUGUUUCGCCUCCAUGGUCUGGUGGCUGCGCCAUUGUUGUCUCCGAAUCAGUAAGCGGAAGACCUUCGAGAAAUUGGAAAGCUACAACUUCACUCGCCGAUUUCUGCCGGGUGGAGAUGGGAUCCUCCUCCGGCCCCUGGCCGACUCUGAUGACGACCUUUGGCUGGAAGCUGCGCGGCACGUGCACCACCAGGCGAAAGCACAGGCCAAGACUGGACGUGGAGCGUGGAAGGUUCGUAAGCUGGAGUCACUGCUGCGAAGCAUCGACAGCGGAGCAUACACGUUGGCACGCGCUCACCUGGGCGGCUGGUCCUUUCCGUUUUACCACCAGUAUCUGCAAUACCAGAUGCCGAAGCGGCUGGGCUCCCUGGUGGACCUGGUGAACGGUUUGGGCCUGGACCAAACAACGCUGACCAGCGUGCACCAGCUUCAGACCAGGGUCAGCCAUGCCCUGAAGAUAGCAAGGGUGCGCCAGCACGUGCAGCGGCUGCUUUCGAACCGCCACUUUGUGAAGGCCGGCUUGGAAAAGAAGUCUUGGUGGAUCCUCGAGUGCCCGGAGGCACCGCCCCUAAGGCUUAUCCACUGGUCCAAGAUUGCAGCUGCAGGGCAGCUUCCGAAGUACAACGUGGAUUCUGGAGGCGCUACCUCCGUAGACAAGCUCCUUGAUGAAGUCGAGGACCGCCUGGGUGUGUUCCGAGAUGCUGCGGAACGCCAGCUGGUGGUCUUCCUGCUGUCGCACCGCUGGUUGCGUACAUCGGGAGCCCAACGCGGCCACCCCGACUCUGUGGAGCACAUCAAGGCUCGCAAGCUCGUGACGUUUGCAAAAUGGUUCAUGCGCCUGGCGGCAGCUGCUGGUGUGCAGUGCGAGGUUGCCUUCUGGAUCGAUUACUGCUGCUGUGAGCAGGAUGAUUUCUACGGGGCCGACUUAGCCAUGGCCACGCUGCCCUUGUACAUUGCAGCAUGUACCAAGGUGCUGGUAUGGCGGACACCGGACUUUGAUCGCCGGUGCUGGACCAUGGUGGAGAGGCUGCUGUCCUACUCCUUCUGCCCGGGCGGCCUUACACCCUAUGUCAUUGACGCCUCGCUGGAAGAGCUGACGGAGGAUGCUGACCUCUUCCCGGUAGAGUUGCCCCGUCCAGUGGAAGACGAGAUUUGGGAGGUUCGUGUCGAACAGGACCGAUGGCAACCCUUCGAAGCGUCAGCGCAGGAGAUUCUGCGAACAGCGCAGCUGGCCGGGCUGCCCCACACGCAGGUCAAGAGCGGUGGGAGGCAGUACGAGAUCGAUUUCAAGCGCUUGUCACAGCGGAAUCUAGCUACAGGCACACGCCGGGAGAUCCGGCUUCGCUCAGUGGCCACAACGGUACAGGUUGGAGAGGUGCAUGAUGCGGCCCUUGAGCGCGUGGCGUAUGCAGCCAAGCUGCGUAAGUCGAAGGGCAACGUGGACGAAGUCCUGCAUGAGGCCAUCCACCGAAUGCCUAAGAAGCUUCCGAACCCUCUGGAUGCAGACAGCUGCUUGCUGACCAGGGAGAGCCACCGCCGACACAUUGCCUCGUUGGUGAGCACUGCCCUGGCAAUCCCUGCUUUCGAGGUCUUCGCCGAUCGGCAGCCAGUGGAGUGGGGCCUGACUGAAGUCAUCGAGCAUUCGUUGGUUGCUCGCCAGCCGCUGCCAAACCGUGACACGGAGCCACGGGCAGGAGGUCCCGCACGACUCCAGCUCGCCGGAGGCCAGCAGCCUGCAAAAGAGCUGGCCACCUCUGCCUGGAAGCUGGUCGUGAUGGAUCAGAGCCAGCGGCAGCAGAGGCAAGCAGAUCGCCUCUCUGACAUCGAUGUGAUUAUCUGGGUGGACUACGGUGAGAGCCCAGAAGGGCCACCACCAACACCCGAACACAUCGAUCACCUUUUUUCGGAGGUAGACCUGGCCAUUAGCCGAGGCUUGCGCGGCCAGCGGGAUGAAAUGAUCGAAGCGCUGAUCUUGGCGUUGAAGGCCGACCUGACUCUGGCCCUCGAGAGCAAUGACGAAGCCACCAUGGAAGCGGCGGUGCUGCGUGCGCGCGAGGUUGAGCUGGCGGCCAAGCGCGAGGUGGUGUCCUGUUUGGUGACCUCGCGUCUCCUGGCAGCUGCCGAGUCUGGUCGUGAGGCGGACAUGCGAAACGCCAUGCGAUUUGCCCGGGAGAAGGGUAUGGAGCACCUGAGCGUCUACCACGAGGUCCAGGCCAUCCACGGCACCCUCUAUGGCGAGGCACUCCUUGCCCGGCUAAGCGCUGCAGCUGUGGAUGCAGACCUCACAGGCCUGGCAGCUGUACAUCGCACGGCCUUGGCUCACGGCAUGACAGAGGUGGCCAGGCAGGUGAUGGAAGCGGCAGAGGCAGAACUUGGCCGCGCCGCCGGGCUUGGCGGAGACGAGGCUGUGGCUGCCACCGCCGCGCUGCAAAGUGCCGCGAAGGCAUGCGGAUGGAACGCGAUCGAAGAGCUUGCGGCAACCCAGAUGCUGCGGUUGACAAUGGAGCUUGCGCUGCAGAGGUCGCAGGUCUCCGAUGAUCUGGCCACGAUGCGAGCCGUGGAGCUACGUGCGCGCAAGGAGCAGAUGGGCGACCUGGCGGAGCGGGCUGCCAGGAUUGUCAAUGAAGCCGCCCACCGCAUGGGCGCCCGCAUGGGCCUUCCUGCAGAAUGGGACGUUGUGGAGCGCAUGGCGGGGACGGACGCUGCACUGCUGAAGAAGGAUGAGGAGACCGCCUCGGAGUUGCUGAAGAGAGUUCAGGACCUU